AACGACCACUUGAAGACGAUGAUCACCUCAUUAGGCGGUGAGGUUGUCGAUGACGGUAACUUGGAUGCGUUGGCGCUUGUCCCCUCCAAGGAAAAAAGUAGGACUGAUUUGGCCUACCAAUAUUUAUACCAAUAUAUCCAUGACACGUUCUCAAAGAAAACGCCGUUGGAUAUCAACAAAUAUCGGGUCGGCAAAUCCAGUGGGCAGUCAUUGAAUAUCAAUAUCGGAGAAUUCCCUAUCAAACCUGUACAGGACGAAAAGUUGAAUGAAAAUGGAGACGGCAUUGACGCAAACCCCUUUGAUUUUAAGUCCAACAAGUUCACGAAGGAAGAAGACGAUUUCAUACUGGAUUUGGUGAGAAGAAACCCUCACCUGAGAUCAACUCAUACUUUUUUUGCACGGAUCGCUCAGUUGAAACCAUUAUCUGAGCACACAGGUAAUUCGAUUAGAUACAGAUAUCGAAAAGUUCUAGCUCCAAACUUGGCCUUCGUUUACAAAAUUGACCCUAAAACAGGCAAACCAGAAAUAGAUGCUGCAACAAACCAACCUAAGAAAAUAGAAGACAUACCUUCUUUAAUCAAGUCGCAAUACACCUCUGAAGAAGAUUAUGCUUUAUGUAAACACAUUUUAUUGUACAAGAACGGAGAGAUGGUUUUAUCUGGCAAAAAGAAGCAUGAGGUCUCACAAAUCCCGGAAGCAGUUUUCCAAGAGCUGCAUAAGUUGAACCCUAGACAUUCCACCAUGUCCUGGAGAGAUCGCUAUAGGAAGUUUGCAGCUAAAUUUGGCUUGAGAAAGUAUAUUGCAUACUAUGAAGAGUGUCAACAGCGAGAUAUCGAACCUGAACCGAUGAAGAACAUGAGUUCCAGAAAUGAUCGUAAAGAUUACAAAGUCGAUGUCUUCGGUAACGAAAGUGAGGAACGACCUUCGAAGCGGGAUGAAAUGAAGCAGUAUGAUAUCGCUUUGGCCGAUUCUCAAUUAGAGGAAUCUAAUACGAAUACCGAUAAAAAGGAUGCAGCAGAAAUCAUGUCAGAACAUGUUAGUCCUGAAAUUUCUGAAUCUACCGCUGCACACCUUGGUGAAGAAGGUGAUAAUGAUCUGGAAUUGGUGGAUGUCAAGGCUGACGAUGGUUUAAUGGAUUUCAGACAGUUAAUAGAUAUCGAUCCUGAGCCAUUGAAACAUCGUGGUGAAAUCGAUCUCUCUACUAUGAUCAGUAACAUAAGAGAGUGUUUCAGAAAUUUUGGAGACGGGAAUACGCCAUAUGAGUUGUUUAAGGAUAUCAGUGAUCAAACUGGUAUUUCUAUGCUCUGGUUGAACUACUGGUUCGAUUGCUCUUGUGGUAUGUUGGGCACUUUCAUACAAGCUAUUAUCAACUAUUUGAAAACUGGAGAUCUUGUUAUGAACGAUGUUUCAGGGUUUUGGACUGAAAAGGAUGACGAACUGCUCAAGGUUGAUCCAGAAAAUAAGGAUCUCUUACAUUUACAUGGUAAAGAUAGUGUCACCAAGCGUAAGGCAGUAUUGUUC